AAUAAGACUUUUCAUACUGGCUGUACACUCGAGAUACGAGUAUCUCUCCAUAUCAUGGGUCUUGCAACGGGGUACAUGGCUCAUUUCCUGGCCACUAACUGGCUGGAGUUGACUGUAGCUUGCCUGGUGGUGGUGCUCAUAAGACUGGCUGUCCGCCGCUCAGCACGCUACAAAAGUUAUCUUUCAUCUUCUAAUGACCGGCCCAAGAAAGUGAUACGCAAAAUCACAGUGUGUGCUCCCAGUGAGGCUGAGGAAGACUCUCAGACCAGCAACAUGGUGGACCCCUUGUGGCCUGAAGACUUGAAGCAAAUCCCCUUCACCUUCAACAGUUUAUCUAAAGAGGAAAGUAUAAAGAAGUCUCAAGACUUCUACGACUUGAUGAAGCAGCGACGGACAAUAAGGUUCUUCAGCUCUGCUCCAGUCCCCCGUGAAGUCAUAGAAAACGUGAUCAAGGCGGCAGGCACGGCACCGUCCGGGGCGCACACUGAACCCUGGACAUUCGUGGCUGUAUGUGACCCUAAUGUGAAGCAGGAGCUGAGGACCAUCGUGGAGACAGAGGAAGAGAUUAACUACACGAAAAGAAUGGGUAAAGAAUGGGUGAGAGAUCUAAAGGGAUUCCAGACUAACUGGGUGAAAGAAUACCUGACGGUGGCUCCCUGGCUCAUCCUAGUGUUCAAACAGACCUAUGGGCUUCUACCAGACGGCCGUAGAAGGAACCACUACUACAACGAAAUAUCUACUGGUCUCGCCAGCGGCAUACUUUUAAGUGCCAUCCACGCUUCUGGGCUGACGACCCUGACAUCGACGCCGCUCAACUGUGGUCCAGCCUUGAGGCUGCUGCUGCAGCGUCCUCCCAACGAGAAGCUUGUGUUGUUGUUGCCUGUGGGUUAUCCUGCCCCCGAUGCCACAGUCCCGGAGCUACACCGCAAACCCAUAGACCAGAUCAUGACUGUUGUCUAGUGCUGUUCUGCAUUGACGUUUUAAAUGUGUGAAUGUUGAAAGUUUGUCGCUUCAGUAACGUGUAUGAAAGCUUAAUAACCAGGGUCUCCAUGUAGAAUUAAUACAUUUUUUAAGUUUUAAUUUGACCUUUGAGGGUUUUUUUUAUUCGCCGGUAUUCUUUGAGUUUUUUUUUUUUUUUGCUCCGUUUCAUUUUUUUAUUGUGCAUACAGAAUUUUUUAUUGAAUUUCUUAGUGUAUAUGUAAUUUAAAUUAUUUUUUAACAUGUUCUUUGGUAAUAAACAAAUAUUUGAAA